ACCUUCAUCGGUCACGUGAUCAUAUUUGUCCGUGGUGGUUAGCGGGGGAGCUGGAUAAACAGCUGCUUCUUUUACAACUUAUUCGUUUGGAAAAACACGACAAGCAUGGAAAUCGGGACGGAGAUCAGCAAGAAAAUCAGAGCUGCUAUCAAGGGCAAGCUUCAGGAGCUCGGUGCCUAUAUCGAUGAGGAGCUUCCUGACUACAUCAUGGUGAUGGUGGCGAACAAGAAAACCUCUCAACAGAUGGCUGACGACCUCUCCCUUUUCCUUGGAAACAACACUAUCAAGUUUACAGCCUGGCUGCAGGGCGUCCUGGAGAAGUUAAGAUCUGUUGCAGUUGAGCCUGCAUCUCUCAGACACCAGCUGCAGUCUGACAGUAGUACUGUGAUGGGGAAGACUCCAUCGUCAGUCAGUGAAGACAGCAGAGAAGAGUCAAAGGUGUUGACAGUGUCCAGCUCACGCUCUGAUAGGACUGAAGCACGUGUGUCUAGUUCCGCUCAUGAAAGCAGGAGGGGGCCUAUAGAGAAGAGUUCCUCUCGCCUUACCUCCACAGUUAAGCCCCUCAUGGAGCCACUCCCCUCAGAGGCCAUUAUCGACAUCAAACCAGAGAUGGACGACGACCUCAUCGCUGAGGACCCUGUAGAAAUCAGCACCAACCCGGGACGAUCGCGCGGGGCAGCUAGUAGACCAACAGCUGAAAUCUACAGACCGUGUCAGAGCAGGUUUACAUCGGUAAGCUCUGCAGACACGUGUCAGCCCACAGAAGGAUCUUCUCACACCAGGCAACAGGACAGCAGAAGCAGCAGAACCUCUAGAAGUGGAUCCAGUAAGCAGGAGGAGUUUUCACGUAAACGUAAAGCACCAGUUGCGAGUUCAGUGGUGCGAGUGAACCGGGCGGCAGAUGAGGACAGUGAUGACGUUGAGGAGGACGAUACAAGCUAUGGAGGAAGAGGCCUGUCCAGCAGAGUGUCGCUUCCCUCCAAACCAGAACGCAAACCUUCUCUCCCACCAGCCAAGCAAGCUAACAGGAAUCUGAUACUGAAGGCCAUCUCUGAGGCCCAGGACUCAAUCACCAAAACUACAGCCUACCCGACAAUACCACAGAGGCAGACUGUUCCUGUUGCGCCUCGUACUCGCUUAGCCAGCAAUGAGGAGAUGACUGCAGCCAUCCAGCUGGUCCAAGAACACCUCCACAGCCUGGCCCCCAGGGUGCGGACCUACACCUCUGCAGAGAUACCUCCAUCCAGAUCUCUUGCUCCAGCCAGAUCUUUAGCUUCACGUCUUCAGUUGGACUUAGCAGAGAGCAAUGAUGGACGAGAACAGAGCGACUACGGUGUGGAGGUUGCUGCGAACAACGAGUCAAAGACAUUCGAUACCCGCUCCUUCAUAAUGAGUCGGCCACAACUGGAAGAACCUCAAAUCAGAAGCCAGCAGCGUCUUCAAGCCAAAGAGGAAGUCCUGCCUGCUUUACCACGCACCAUCCAGGCCAGUAAGGAGAGAGUCGACUCUGGCAGCCCCAAGUUCAUCGUGACAUUAGACGGGGUACCGAGCCCGCUGGGGAACUUUGCAGAAUGUGACAUGGAGCUGGAUGACGUGAGACCACCCACAAAGGUCACUGAGGCAACUGUUCAUGUCAACAGGGAGUCUAAAGUUAGCGUCCUUCACAGACUACAAGGCGGAGUUACAUCACUAGAAGAGGAUGUGAUGGAUGUAGACAUGGCAGAGGAUGAUGGCGCCCCGUUGAAGAAACAGAAAGUGAUGGAGCGCUGCAAGUUCUGGCCAGUGUGUAAGAGUGGAGAUGAGUGUCUGUACCAUCACCCGACGACACAGUGCAAGACUUUUCCCAGCUGCAAGUUUGGGGAUAAAUGCCUUUUCGUCCAUCCCAACUGUAAAUAUGACGCCAGGUGUACCAAACCAGAGUGUCCCUUCACUCAUGUCAGCCGCAGAGGCCCAGCGGCUCCUCCGCCCCGGCCAGCAGCGCAACCAAUGCAAACCACUAGUGUGUGUCGCUUCUUCCCGGCGUGUAAGAAGAUGGAUUGUCCGUUUUAUCAUCCAAAGCCUUGUCGCUUUGCGGGCCUCUGUAAACGAGCUGGAUGCACCUUUUACCACCCAAACACAGCUGUGCCUCCGAGACACGCUCUGAAAUGGACAAAGACAAAUAGCAGCUAAUAAAGUCCAGGGAGUCUGACUGAAGUCUGAUGAUGUGAAACUGUGGAAGAUGCUCUGUAAUGCUGUCUACGAACGUUCAUUUUUAGAUUUAAAUGUUUAAUUCUCAUUUCUGUUAUUGUAUUGUUUGGACCGGUUUUUAAGAAAAGUGUUUUGUAAGUUGUCAGGUUUUUGCUGAUGUUCUGAGAACAUUAAAAUACAUCAUGAUGAUGAACUCAA